GCUAUGGCGGCAAAGGCUCGUAUUAAAAGCUAAAUAGGCCCAGGUGGAGAACAAAAAAGUGUGUGCCAAGAGGUGAAACGUGCCAGCCCAGCGAACACCCCGAAGAAGAACCAGACAUGAAUAUGUCACCUUCUUACCAACUCACUCAUCGAGCAAUCUUCCUCAUUUUCGGUUCAGAUUCUUAAACUUUUUUUAAUUCUUGGUUUUUAUGGUUUCAAGUAGAACCCGCAAAAAUCUGCACUCGCAGACCAGUACAGAAAUGGAGAGAGCAGCUAUGGCAGUCGACAAGGACGAGCCCAAGAUCAAGUACAGAGGUUGGAAAGCCAUGCCCUUUAUCAUAGGGAAUGAAACAUUUGAGAAGCUUGGAAUCAUUGGGACUUUAUCCAACCUCUUGAUCUACCUCACCUCUAUUUUCCAUAUGAAGAGCAUUACAGCUGCAACUAUCAUCAAUGUCUUUAGUGGAACCACCAACUUUGGUACCUUUGUUGCAGCUUUUCUUUGUGACAGUUACUUUGGCCGCUAUAACACACUUGGGUUUUCUAUAAUCGCUUGUUUCCUGGGGUCGCUUGUGAUACAGUUAACAGCAGCAAUUCCGAAAUUGCAUCCUCCCCCCUGUGGCAAAGAAGGUAGCAUAUGCGAAGGGGCAAAUGCAGGGCAACUGGCAUUUCUAAUGAUGGGCUUGGUACUGCUUAUAAUAGGGGCAGGUGGUAUUAGGCCGUGUAACUUGGCAUUUGGAGCAGACCAAUUCAACCCCAAAUCAGAAUCCGGAAAGAGAGGAAUUGACAGCUUCUUCAAUUGGUACUUCUUCACCUUCACCUUUGCUCAAAUGGUUUCCUUAACCGUUGUUGUAUACAUUCAAUCAAAUGUAAGCUGGAGUGUUGGUUUAGCAAUCCCAGCUGCACUCAUGCUUCUUGGCACUAUAGUGUUCUUUAUGGGUUCGAAAAUAUAUGUGAAAGUGAAGGCCACAGGGAGUCCAAUGACCAGUGUGGUACAGGUCAUAGCGGUUGCCAUCAAGAAGAGGCGAUUAAGGCCACUGAAGCAACCUUGGCUUUCUCUUCAUAGCUUCAUUCCCCAAAAGUUUGUCAACUCCAAACUUCCAUACACAGAUCAGUUCAGGUUCCUUGACAAGGCCGCAAUGGUGACUCCUCAAGACCAGAUAAACCCAGAUGGAUCGUCAGCUAAUCCCUGGAAGCUUUGCAGCAUGCAGCAAGUGGAAGAAGUGAAAUGCCUACUGAGGGUGAUUCCUAUUUGGGUCGCUGCUGGCAUGUACUAUACAGCCAUCAUCCAACAGAUGACUUAUGCAGUUUUCCAGGCCCUUCAAACUGAUAGACGUAUUGGAAGUAGUAACUUCGAGAUCCCUGCUGCAUCUUUUGUUGUCUUUUUGAUGCUGAGCAUGACCAUGUUCAUUCCCAUCUAUGACCGACUUCUUGUCCCAUUCCUAAGAAGAAUAACGGGAAAAGAAGGUGGCAUCACACUCCUUCAAAGGAUGGGCACCGGUAUGUUUAUCUCCAUUCUCUGCAUGCUAACAUCCGCAAUUGUUGAAGAGCGACGAAGGACAAUAGCUUUCACCAAACCAACUAUAGGAGUUGCAGAUAGAAGAGGUGCCAUUUCAUCAAUGCCUGGUUUAUGGUUGGUUCCUCAACUUGCUCUUGCAGGACUUGCUGAGGCAUUUACCGCCAUUGGCCAAGUUGAGUUCUACUACAAACAAUUCCCAGAGAACAUGAGAAGCAUUGCAGGGUCCCUCUACUAUUGUGGCAUUGGGUUUUCAAGUUAUGUGAGUAGCUUAUUGAUAUCAAUUGUUCACCAAACCACGGGUGGUGCUUCAACGGGAAACUGGCUACCAGAAGAUCUUAACAAGGGGAGACUGGAUUACUUUUAUUACAUGAUUGCUGCUUUGGCAGUCAUAAAUUUCGGCUACUUUUUAUUAUGUUCAAGCUGGUACCAAUAUAAAGUUGCAAAGAGUGACACCUCUGAAGUCAACGAAGAGAGCCGGUAGCAGCAUUAAACAAUUAUCAGGCAGGACAUAUCCAACAGACAUCUUUAUCUCAGCUCCUUAAAAAUGCAUAUUUAAUAUGAGCACACAAACCAAUAGUGUCUAUAUACUGUGUUUAUGCAUGUCGAGCUGUGUGUCUUUAUCAUCAUCCUUCAAGCUGACCACUGAACUGACUUCAUAUGAUCUUCCGGCCUGUGGAGCUCAAUCAACCUGCAACAAACCAUGAGACGUCCCGAGAACAGUGGGUUGAGGUAAAUUUUCAUAACUCUGUUCGAGGCUAAAGACAUUAUCACUAGCACCUUAUCACUAGCAAGAAAGGAACUGGGUCCUCAUUGAAUGUAUUGUAGAUUGUAUCUGGAUAAUUAACCUGUAAAUUCAUAUUGAAUAGAAGCGGUGUUGACUGUAUGGGUAGACAACAUUCUACAUAGUGGAAA